CAGACAAGAUCAAGGCUUUGCUCAACAAGCUCCCCGAGAACGAGAUCCAAGAAAUCGUCAAACGGAAUCCCGAGCUGGUCAAGGACUACGGAUCAGACCCUGCCAAGGCCGCCGAGGCCUUCAAGUCGCUCUCCCUCAACGAUGUGCUGACGGGUCUGGCUCUGAAUGGAAAGAACGCAAAGGACAUGGGAAGUUACAAGUUUUGGAAGACACAGCCGGUCCCGAAGUUUGACGAGGCGAUCUCCGACAAGCCAAUCGAGGAGGGCCCUCUGGAGGUCAAGACCGUGGACGAUGUGCCCAAGGAGCCCCAGAAGCUGAUUGACGGGUUCGAGUGGGUCACCAUGGAUCUUUUGGAAGAGGCGCAGAUGAAGGAGGUCUACCAGCUACUGAAUGGGCACUACGUGGAGGACGACGAAGCUAUGUUUCGCUUCAACUACGGUACCCCUAUCCUGAAAUGGUCGCUCAUGGCACCGGGCUGGAGGAAGGAUUGGCACGUUGGCAUCCGCGACUGCCGCCUUCCGGACCGCAGGCCGCUUGUCGCUUUCAUCUCUGCCGUGCCGAUGACAAUUCGCGUGAGGAACAAGAGCUUUGUCGCUUCUGAGGUCAACUUCCUGUGUGUGCACAAGAAGCUCCGCGGCAAACGACUCGCGCCCAUCCUCAUCAAGGAGAUCACCCGCCGCUCCAACCUGCACGGAAUAUGGCAGGGCAUCUACACGGGCGGCAUUGUCCUGCCCAAGCCCGUCAGUACCUGUCGGUACUACCACCGCUCCCUCAACUGGAAGAAGCUCUACGAGAUCGGAUUCAGCCCGCUGCCGCCCAACAGCAAGCCUGAGUGGCAAAUCCGGAAGUAUGCAUUACCCGACCGCACAAACAUUCAAGGCCUGCGAGAGAUGCAGAAGAAGGAUGUACCUGCUGUGCAAAGCCUGAUGAGGCGGUAUGAGAGCCGAUUCGACAUGGUCCCCGAGUGGACUGAGGAGGAGGCUGCACACUGGCUCCUGCAGCCUCGUGGUGAGGGAGAGGAGCAGGCCGUCUGGACAUACGUCGUCGAGGAUGAACACAAGAAUAUUACCGACUUCUUCUCCUUCUAUAACCUCGAGUCGACCGUGAUCAACAACCCUCGCCACAAGGUUCUCAAGGUGGCCUACCUGUUCUACUACGGCUCCGAGACUGGCCUGGCCACACCGUUUGACAAGGCAGCCCUAAAAGACCGCCUAAACAAGCUCAUCUUGGACGCUCUCAUCAUCGCCAAGAAGAACAACUUUGACGUCUUCAACGCCCUGUCGCUCGCCGACAACACUCUGUUCCUAGAGCAGCAGAAGUUUGGUCCGGGUGAUGGAUCAUUGCAUUAUUACCUGUUCAACUAUCGCGCGAACCCGAUCGCCGGUGGUGUAAACAAGAGAAACAUGGCAGACGAAGAGAACCUGAGCGGAGUGGGCCUCGUGAUGAUGUAGAAGCGCUUGGAUUGAAUUCGCAUCCAAUGCAGACUUUCGAUAUGCAAUCAGCUGGCGAUCCAUGCCUUGCGUUUCUAGGCAGGAGGGCUAUCUACCUCGCUACAAUUUGUUUUGUUGGGGGGAGGGGGCUUGCGAGCUGGGAGAGCCAACGUGCAUACUUCGUAUUUCACUUGCAUAGCGGAUAGAAUGCACAGGGUCAAAGCUACGCAAUGCUGAGAGGACAACUUCU